GCCCCGCUGGAGGCCGGAGCAAUCGAUAGACCGCCCGCCCCAUCGACGCGCUCGGCGCUGGAGCGGCGCGGUCUGGGCCCGGCCGGCUGGGACUCGGCGCGACCCCAAGAUGGCGGCGUUGGCGGCUGCGGGCGCCAUGGCCUGCGCGUGAGCCUCCCCCCCCAUCCCCCGCCCCCACCCCCGGGCCAUGGCGGGCUCCGGGCCCAGGCCGCGCUGAGCCGGCCGGGAUGUGCGAGAGCUACUCGCGGUGUCUGCUGCGGGUGUCGGUGGCUCAGGUCUGCCAGGCGCUGGGCUGGGACUCGGUGCAAAUCUCGGCCUGCGACCUCCUCACCGACGUGCUGCAGCGCUACCUGCAGGGGCUGGGCCGGGGCUGCCACCGCUACUGCGAGCUCUAUGGCCGUACAGAUCCAAUUUUGGAUGAUGUAAGUGAAGCCUUCACACUUAUGGGGGUUAACCUGCAUGAGCUGGAAGAUUACAUACACAAUAUUGAACCUGUCACUUUCCCACAUCAAAUCCCUUCAUUUCCUGUCAGCAAGAACAAUGUCCUACAGUUUCCCCAGCCUGGAAGCAAAGAUGCAGAAGAGAGGAAAGAGUACAUUCCUGAUUACAUGCCACCUAUUGUCUCAUCUCAAGAAGAGGAGGAAGAGGAACAGGUACCCACUGAUGGAGGUACAUCAGCAGAAGCCAUGCAGGUUCCCUUGGAAGAGGAAGGAGAGAUGGAAGAGGAUGAGGCAGUUAAUGAUGAAAACUUCUUGAGCAAGAGACCCUUAGAAAGUCCUGAAGCUGAGGAAAUGCCUGCUAUGAAACGACCAAAACUAGCUAUCACUAAAGGGGACACCAUUGAAGGAGCAUUGGAACCACGUGAACCUCUCAGUUCAAUAAACACUCAAAAGGUGCCACCAAUGCUUUCUCCAGUUCAUGUUCAAGAUAGUACAGAUUUACCCCCUCCUUCACCAGAACCACCAAUGUUGGCUCCCAUUGCAAAAUCACAGAUGCCAGCUCCUAAAACAUUAGAAUCAAAACCAUUUGCACCUAAAACAAAGGCCAAAACUGGUUCUCCAGGACAGAAGACUAAACUGCCUAAAGCUACUCCAGUGCCAGUAGUUAUUGGAAGUCCCAUACGUUCACCAAAAACUGGAUCCAAAGAGAAAAAAUCACCAGGUCGUGCCAAAAGUCCAAAAAGUCCUAAAAGUCCAAAGGUUCCAGCUCACGUUUCCCAAGUGGCAGUCAAGCCUGAAACCCCAAGUAGGACCCCAUUGGCUGCAUUAAGUGAAAAGAUGGGAAAAGAGAACAUCCAAGUAAAACAAGGGCAAACACCACCUGAGCCUGGGAAACAAAAUAGUGAAAAUCCAUCUAAGAAAGUGGCAGUGAUGGACAAGACCAUUGAUGAUUCAAUUGAUGCUGUGAUUGCCCGUGCAUGUGCAGAACGAGAACCUGAUCCGUUUGAGUUUUCCUCUGGUUCAGAAUCAGAGGGGGAAAUUUUUACCAGCCCUAAAAGACUUUCUGUUUCAGAGACUCCAACUCCUAAAGCUUCUAUUUCUGCUAACAGUCUAAAUAAGGUAGGAGCCAUCCCACUGCCACCCUCAGGUGGGACUUCAAGCUCAGACAUUUCAUGGACAAUGGAUGACUCAAUUGAUGAGGUCAUUCGAAAAGCAAAGAUGGGGUCACCUUCUAAUCCGCCUCCAAACUUUCCUUAUUUCUCCUCUCCUUCUGCUUCACCACCAACACCGGAACCUCUGCUCAAAGUCUAUGAGGAGAAAACCAAGCUGACUUCAUCAGUAGAAGUGAAAAAGAAGCUGAAAAAAGAGCUGAAGACAAAAAUGAAAAAGAAAGAAAAACAAAAAGACAAAGAGAAAAAUAAAGAGAAAAGCAAAGAUAAGGAUAAAAACAAGGAGAAGGAUAAAGACACAGGAACCAAGGAAGCAAAGUUUCAAUGGAAAGACCUACUCAAAGAUGAUGACCUCGAUCCCUAUAAGUUCAAAAUGAAGGACUUUGAUGAUGUCGAUACAAAAAUGAAGUUGAAAGAUGGCAAUACCAAAAAAGAGAGAGAGAAGCAUAAAGAUAAGAAGAAAGAUAAAGAAAAAGGAAAGAAAGAUAAAGAUAAGAAAGACAAAGAGAAAAUUAAAGAUAAAGGUAAGGAAGAUAAGAUAAAGGGUCCCUCGGCACCUCUUGUGUUGCCUCCCAAAGAAAUGCCUUUGCCUUUGUUUAGCACCCAUACCGCCAUGAGACUUCCUACCAUGUUGACUUCCUUGUCCACAAUACUUCCCGAAAAACUGUUUGAGGAAAAAGAAAAACCUAAAGAGAAGAAGAAAGACAAAAAAGAGAAGAAGAAAAAGAAGGAAAGGGAGAAGGACAAAGAAAAGGAAAAGAAGGAGAAGGAAAAGGAGAGAAAGGAGAAAGAAAAGAAAGACAGAGAAAAAGAAAAACACAAACAUGACAAAAUAAAAGUGGAACCCGUUGUUCCAGCUCCAUCACCAGUUAUUCCCAGGCUGACGCUGAGAGUGGGUGCUGGCCAAGACAAGAUAGUCAUCAGCAAAGUGGUGUCAGCCCCAGAGGCUAAACCAUCUACUCCUGUAAGUCGGCCCAAAACACCACCACCUGUGCCAUCCCCAGUACCAGCUCCUGUCCUGGUGACCCCUCCUCCUGCUCCAGCUCCUCCUCCUCCACAAGCUACCAUCUCGCCUGCUCUAAUUCCACCAUCUUCUCCUGCGGUCUCUGCGGCAGGAGGCUCCAAAGCGCCAGUCAGAAGUGUGGUGACAGAGACUGUCAGUACCUACGUGAUCCGAGAUGAAUGGGGUAACCAGAUCUGGAUCUGUCCUGGUUGCAACAAAGCUGAUGAUGGCAGUCCAAUGAUAGGCUGUGAUGACUGUGAUGAUUGGUAUCACUGGCUUUGUGUUGGAAUUACGGCUGCACCCCCAGAAGAAAUGCAAUGGUUCUGUUCUAAGUGUGCCAGCAAAAAGAAAGAUAAAAAACAUAAGAAGCGGAAGCACAGAGCCCACUGAAGUCUUCGCGGUGGAUUUAAGUCGUACAGUCACUUCAGCACUUCUGCCCUGACUCCGUGGCAGACGGCUCCGUUGUGCUUCUGCCUCAUCAUCCGUCAUCAGGUUUUAUGGAUUGACUCCUGAAUGAAUCAGGAACAAAAAUACACUGUCCAUUCUGGACUGUUGUUUUUUCCAAACUAUGUGGGCCCCAGUGGUUUAGAUUUUAGUAUGUUCUGUCACUGGCUUUCACUUACUGAAGGAAACUCACAUAGAGUGAUACCGAGGGUUAAAUAGUUAACGAUACAGCUCCUGCUCUUGCAGAUCGGCAGCAACAGUGACAAAUGUUGUAAAUAAAGAUAUCUCCUCUGUCCUUUUUGAUUUGUUUUUAUUCUCUCCUGAGCCUUUGCAUUAAGGUGUUAAAAGAGAGGACAAACAUGUAAAUUGCAGUAACUGUAAUCUAAGGAGACCUACUGGAAUGAUUUCUGUAGUCAGAAUACAGUUUUCAAAGCUCUAUCCCUGCAUAGCCAGAUAAGCAUAACAUGAAAAUAAAAAAAGUGGGCUGGUAAAUAUUUUUGUGAUAAGAAUAUAUGAAGCUUUUUUCCUUGAUUUUUAGUACUAACAUAAAAUAAACAUGUUCAAGCUUUUGUGAAAUAUCUUCUAUUUUUUAAAAGAAAGUUUCUAUUGUGUCAGGGGUUUUUUUUUUCUUCCAUGUGAAUUGUUUUCAGUGGACCUGUAAUAUAUUUUAUACUUUUUGUUUUUAGUUAUUGUCAGUGUACCUUUUCAUUGCUUGUAUAUUUCAUCAGCGUGUAAAAACACUUCUCAUUAAAAGAUGUUCUCUCGUGUAAAUACCUGAUAUUUAUAAAGUUUGGGUUUUUGUUUUUGUUUUUUUAAGGUUUAUCAGUUUGGGGUUUUUUGAGUGUCUAAUCCUAGCAGGUAUGAAAAUUCUAUUUGAUUUAUGGCCAUUACUGUGGCUUCAAAGGAUUGUGAUAGACCCACCCCAAAAGGAGCUUUCCAGGUGGCCCACUAAUGAAACCAACCAACAUUCUGCUUAAGGCCCUGAUUAAGGAAGGUACUUAAGGAUACGUGUAACUCUAUGGCCUGGUCUACACUGUGGGGGUGGGGGUGGGGGGUGAAUCGACUUAAGAUACGCAACUUCAGCUACGAGAAUAGCAUAGCUGAAGUCGACAUAUCUUAGGUCGACUUUCCUCACGGCACGGGGUCGACUGCCGCCGCUGCCCCGUUGACUCCGCUUCCGUCUUUCGCCGUGGUGGAGUACAGGAAUCGACGGCAGAGCGAUCGGGGUAGUGUAGACGUACCCUAAGAAGGGAGUAAUCCCAAUGCAUGGAAUGGGACUGUUCUUAUGCAUAGUGAGACAGGUACUGAAGUGCCUUUCUCAAUCUGGACCUAAGGCAAUGGGCUCUAGCAGUUUUAAUGGUAACAACUGAGUUUUAAUUUGUAGCUGGAGCUGAUCCUUUUAUUUGCAAGUGUUUGUGUGUUUGUCAAAAUGAUUGCGCUUGCAUUUAGAAAAAGGAAGUGUCGUUCGUAUUCCAUAAAGACUAGAAAGCGUACUAUGCCAUUUUGUGUUUGUUGUGAUGUUUUCUUUUAGUGUAUCUUUUAAUCAGUAUUACCUUGCAAAGACAAAUAAAGUAUGCUAUGGAAAUGUAUGUUUUAUUCUCCAUUUUAAACAAAGGAAUAAUUCUCUAGAAUGCCACAAAAAUGUGACAGUAUUAGAUAUUUUAGUACAGUGUGUCUGAGAGGUAAAUCAAGUAUAUAGCAUUAGAUUUUAAGUAUCAUGCCUUAUGUUUCAAAAGCUAUAGGGUAAAUCCAGCCUUCAUUAUUUAAUUUUGGGGUGCUCCUACUUUGAACUGUACAGUAAUAAGCAUCUUGAGUUUUAGAAUGCAAACAUUUAACCUGUUGCACAGAUAUUACGAAUUACUUUUUUAAAAUGCUAUCUAAAUUGAUAUUAAUGAGAAUGAAUUAGUCAUGUUUUUUAACACAUCUUGUCUAGUUAAAGAAAUUAGGUUUUCCUGAUAUGACUGUUAAAUUGCAAAUCAGUGGAGAUAUGGAUGAAAUUGGUUUAUUAAAAGUGCACUGUUA